ACUCGGUACAGUGGACUCAGUCUCGGAACGAACGCCAUUUACACACUGCGGAGGACUGACUCAGUGGUUGGCAACGGUGUCACACGUUCUGCGAUAUUCGCUCCUCUUUGUAGCUUCAUUGUUGAUUGUCCUCCCUGCCAAGCAACGCCGAAACUUUCAGCUAGUGAUUUUGUGCAAGAGACAUUGUGUGUCAAUAACGUGUCCAAUUGAGGAGUGAGAGUUGAUGGCUCAUUGGUAGUGAUUGUGGCAUAAGGUGGAAGUGAUAGUCCAUUGGCAUUGUGCAGUGAUUUUUUUUUCUUCGAUAGAGGAUAUCAGUGGUCAUUGAAGAAUGUGCUACCUUCCUUCAUCCCACCGUUCUCUUUGAACUUCCUCAGGCACCAUUUACCUGGGCUGCAUCUCAAGAAUUUCUUUGUGUCUCACAUUCCGUGCUGCUGAACAAGUAAACCUAAUAACAUCACACAGAGCAUGUGUGCCCUGAUGAAUGUUUUUUUUUUUGUCUUCCUGUGCCAAAGAGACCAAAUGAACACUCCCUCGGCCAAUUCACUCUCAAUUGAGGGCAUUUGGUAAGACGGGAAAAAUACUUCGUGCACCGUAAAUUGAGACAGUGAAGUGUGUGCAACAGCCUAUCCCCUGGGCAAAGUGUUAUCUCUAUAUAUAUAUUUUUUUAAAUAAAAGAAACAAUGGCUGCCAACAAUAUAGUGUGUGAGUGGCUCAAGGCACUGGGUCUGGGCCAGUAUGCCGAGAGUUUCCUAGACAAUGGCUAUGACGAUCUGGAAAUUUGCAAGCAAAUUGGUGAUCCGGAUUUGGAUGCAAUUGGGGUUCAGACCCCGGAUCACCGACACAAACUACUCAAAUCGAUCCGACAGCUGAGGGAGAAGGGUGCAACGAAUCUGUAUUUUGUGCUCAGUGAGCCAAAUGGGUUGUCUGGAAGUCGUGAGAUCCUCGAGGGUAGAGACACCCCACCGCCCAAUGACAUUGCAUCCCUUGUUCGCGAACAGCUGAAUGCUGACUCAAUCCGAUUGACUUCACAUCCAUAUUCCACACCGGAUGGUGGUCGGGGUCAUUUAGAGGGAUUGGCAUCUGUCUACUGUGAGCUUCUGGUGGCGCCCUUCGAAGAGGUUCUGGUCACCCUGGAGAAUGAGCGAGUAACUGCCUGGGCGAACAUUAGUCCACGGAGGAACAGCAUGAAACGUGGCCAUCAGGGUAGUCCUGGUUCAAGUGGUCUGCCCAACAGCCACAGUCAGCCCAUCUAUGUGCCUGGAAAGUACUCUCCCUCGAGUUGUCUAUCGGAUAAGGAAGAGGACGAAAUUUAUGGGUUUGGAUAUGGCGUCUAUGCUCAAAAAGUAGCACGACGACCACUCAAUUCUCACAAUAAUUCCCCCCAACACCUCCAGGCACCGCAACCCAUCUACGGUACCAGUACACCGACUCCCCUCAAUUCAGCAGCCCAACUCUAUUGUGAUAUACCUUCAUCAGAAAACUCGGAGAAAAAGAAGAAAAUGACUCUCGGUAGACUUCUCAAAGGACUGAAAACUGUGAAAAGACGAGAAAAGGCAACCCUUCAAAAUGGCACCAUUCAUCAGUUGCGGAAUCCAGCCACAGAUCGAAUGCGACAAUUUCAAUUGAAUGGGCGGACGCAUUUGGGCUUUGAGCAAACAAUACAGCGACUGAAAGUGGAAGAUGCCCUGAGGAAGAGAGAAAAGUACCAGCGAGAGCAUGAGGAGAUUCUGCGCGACAUUCAACGAGGACUCCAGCAAAUGAGCAGAAACGGCCAUCCAGACUCCACGUACAUGUACGACGAUGCCGCCAGAGGAGCCUUCGUUGGGACACAUCCGUCACUCUCCACGAGACUCCCGCGGCAAUGGUACGAUGAACCCCUCUAUGCCAAUGAUACGGAUGAAUUUCUUAUGUCGCGACGCGCAGAGGCAGGUCCCAUGGAUCACAUGCAGGACGACCAAGUGUUCUUCAGCCCACAGUCAGCGGAUGAGGCUGGUGUCAUAUCCCUGAGGUCAGCCGGAGACAUUUCUCUGCCCCAUCGAAAUGGCCAUUCCCGCCGAUACAGCCGACAACCCGGAGCUGUGACGAGAUUGCGUGAACGUGAGAACGGAGACUAUUCCAGUUCCGUGUCCGACAUCCAAAGUGUCACGUCCAGGCUCAGUUCUGUAUCGAUUGGCACAGGCAGCAAUUAUAUAAAUCGAUUUGAGGAAUCCCUAUCCCUUACCCCAAGCCCCUCGUCUGACUAUGAGGACGAAAUGGUUGACCCUCGAAUGUGUGGAGCUGUGGGGAAGUUGAAAAAAAUGUCCAUGCCACAAAAAUCAGCCGCUGUGAGUCAGAGGGCGGUAAUCCAUCAGAUUCAGCAGCAGAAGCCACAGAUACCCAGUGAGAUCUUCAUGUUUAGCAACAAACGAGGCUCAGUUAACACUAGUAGCGCCAAAGACAACGCCAAAUUCGUCAGUCAUGCACCCUUCCACAAUGCCACUCUCAUGGACAGCCAGGCCUUUGGUCGGGACAAUGCCUUUGCAUGUUCCGCCAGUUCAGCCGAAAGUCUACCAAGUGCUUCAGGAAGCAGCACAAAGGCUCUCGUUCAUCCCACGAGUCCUCUACGAUUUGGUGCAGCAGCUGGAUCAUCCCAAGAUCAGGCACACUGCUCCUUCGCUGAAGCCUGCAAUGGUAAGACACUGAAGGAGUGCAUCUCGGACUCCUUGGAGAAUGAUGCGGCAAAAUUCCGGGCUGUGGAACUAAUCAACGAGUCAAUCCCCUUCAGGUAGCAAUUUACAAUGAACCUUCGCUGACUAGCGAUUUAAUUGAUGUUGAUUUACAAACAUCCCUCCGGCUACCUUGGUUCUUGCCUCAUCCUUCUUUGUCACACCCAGACAUCCGUGUGUUGGCUAAAUUGAAUCUGUUAGCAAAUCGCUCUGCCAAAGUAAAUGUAAUUUUUAAUAAAUUUGUUAAAGUAUUUCGUUAAAUAAAUUUGUUAAACGUUUAAUAUAAAUAACAUA